UACAUAUGAGCCAAUAAAUCAUAUGCUCAACAACCCUUCAAAGCUGUCUUAAAACUCUCUUCUUUCAUACCCUUUUUUCUUCAUAAAUAAGAGAUAAUUGGUUAGUGUACUCUUUCUUUCUUCAUGAAAAUGGAGAAAAAUAGUGCUAAUAAGAGCCAAAACAUGCAUAGCUUGACUAAGUUAACAGAUGCUCAGUCUCUGAAGAUAGUGCUAAUCUCAGUCUCACUCUUCUCUUUUUUCUUUUCUCACUCAUCUUUACUCUCUUUUCUUCAUUCUCUCAACUUCUAUAUUUCAACAUUUCCUUACCAACUUUUCACCCACAACAUUGAUAAAAAUUGCAUAUUCCUCAUAUGCAAUGGACUCUUGGUUUUCCUAGCAAAGUAUUCUGGUUUGAUCAGAACUCUGUCCUUGUCUAAUAAUCCUCAAGAUGACCAAUCUGAUUUAUUGUCAAUGUCACCAACAAAAGAACUACUAGUCUUGGAGAAUAAGGAUGAAGCUGAGGUUAUUGAAAGUAGUACUAUUGAAUCAAGUCAUGAUGAUGAAAAUGUUGUCAUCAAAGAAGAGGAGGAAACAGUCUUGGAAGAAGAUCGUAAAGAACAUGAACAAGAAAGCGAAUACGCCGUUUUGAAUCAAAAAGAAGAAGAAAAAGAAGAGGAAGAAGAAACUUCACUAGUACAUGUUCAUCAAGAAGAAGAAGAAGAAGAAGAACAUACUUGGUCAGAAGAUGAAGAAGAAGAUGUGGGAAAUGGAAAGCUUAGCACAGAAGAACUAAACAAGAAGUUUGAUGAAUUUAUCAGAAGAAUGAAGGCAGAGUUAAAGAUUGAAGCACAGCAACAGUUGAUUAUGGUUUAAGUUAUACAUUGUUCAAUGUAAAAGUAGUGUAAGAGUAAGAGUAGGUAGUCCAGUCUUUGUCUCAUAGUUAUGAUGUUUUUAUGAGCAAAAGGAAUCCUUUCUUCUAUACUUCUCCUUGUUUUGAUGAGUAAAUUAGUUGUGUAUAAGUAUAACCUCUUAUUAUAGAAUAUUAUCUUUUUAUCUUUUC